UGCGAGUCUGUCAGUGAAUUCUGAGCAUCGCUUGUGUUACCCAUGGUGGUAACCGUGGUCUUUAUGUACAGAGUAGGAGUAUAGAAGACCGAUGGUAUCGGCAGUCGCAUGCGGACCAGCCUGCUAGCCGGACUGAAAUCCUGAGGCCGCGAGAACGAGAGGCGGGAUCGGAAAUCAAAUUUAUGACAUAAAACUACAUGGGGAUUAUUGGAAGGUCAGAGAAGAUAUUUGCAUGAGGCUGGAAUCGUCGUUGGAUUUGACAUUUUUUAUUCCAUUUCGCGAAACGAAGUGUCCCAGUGUAGUGAGACGUGUAGGAGACGGUUUUAAAAAAAAAUUUUAAAGAAAUAAAUUUUUCGAAAAUUCGUUCCCUCUAACUCAAAGUGAAUGGAUCGUACAAGUAGGGAAGUACCGUGAAAUGCGGCCUCGUUCGACCGAUCCGGGAACGAGAUUGACAUUAAAAAAGACUAAAAGUAUAAUAAACGACACGAGUCAUCGAAUCCGCUGAAUAAGUUAAUUUCGGAAAUGCAUUUUGAAAUGUCAUGUUUUUAUUUAAAAAAGUUAAAUUGUCGUUAACGUCCAGUUGAACAAUUGCCGUGAUCGAUCGAUUCAAUUCGAUAAGAAGUAAUUGGCAUUCAAAAGGUCCUUAAUCGUUUCGGUGGUCUAUGAAAAAGAAGAAAUAAAAAUUUAUGAAAUUUUAAUAAAAAAUAAAUAUCAACGACAAUAUGUGGAGACAAAGGCGAAUCGGUGUACCGAAAAGGACCAGCGAAUUGGUAGCACUGGUAGCGCUCUCCAGCACACUCUUCCUAUUUCUGCACACGCGGGAUCUGCAUUCUAGAUUACGCGAAAUGGAAUUUCGACUUCAGCCAGAGGACGACGAAGCGUUAACGGCAAAUCAGCUAUCGUCCGGAGUGCAGAUAUCCGUUCGCGGUGAAUUUGCAUCCAGCGGACCGGUGCAUUAUCAGAACGUGCAUCGCACUACCACCACCACAACCACGGAGGAGUAUCCCGAAGAGGAUGGACUUCUCGACGUAGACGCGCUAAACAACACAAAACGCGCUGGCAAGCAGGUGCUCUUCUUCAAUCGCGUGCCCAAAGUGGGCUCGCAGACGUUUAUGGAAUUGCUGAGAAGAUUGUCCAUGAGGAAUGGAUUUUCAUUCAAUCGAGAUCGUGUACAGAGAGUGGAGACUAUACGCCUGGCACCGAUAGAACAGAUACAACUAGCUACUCUGGUAAACAGUUUCGUGGAGCCGUCUGUCUACAUAAAACACGUGUGCUUCACCAACUUCUCGGAAUUUAAUUUACCUGAUCCGAUUUACGUCAACCUGGUGAGAGAUCCCGUGGAACGUGUAAUCUCCUGGUACUAUUACGUGCGUGCUCCCUGGUAUUACGUUGAACGGAAACAGAUAUUUCCGGACUUACCACUUCCGGAUCCCAAUUGGCUGAAAAAGGACUUCGAGACUUGCGUGCUCAAAGGCGAUCGUGAAUGUCGUUAUUUGGAAGGCGAGGUACACGAAGGAAUAGGGGACCAUCGUCGUCAAACUUUAUUUUUCUGUGGACACAGUGAAAAGUGCACUCCGUUCAACACGGUGGGAGCACUGGAGAGGGCUAAGCUUGCUGUGGAAAAACAUUAUGCAGUUGUCGGUGUCCUCGAGGAUGUUAACACGACUUUGACCGUGCUUGAAAAUUAUAUACCAGCAUUUUUUCAAGGAGCCACCGACGUCUACUGGGAUCAAGUAAAUUCCUUCACCAGGAUCAAUCGGAAUUUCUUCAAACCACCUGUCAGCGAAGAGGUCAAGGAACUCGUCAGAGCAAAUUUCACUAGGGAGGUUGAAUUCUAUCAAUUCUGCCGUCAAAGACUUCACAAUCAGUUGAGAGCUUUGAGGUUGUCGACCGAUCGAAAUUUCGAUAUUCGCAAUAAUUUGUGAUACCAGUAUGAUGAAACUUAGAAAAAUCUGAUUAUCCUUGGGAAUUGAAUAUUAAUUGAAAUUUGAUCGAUGCUCGUACUGCCGUGAAGAAUGUUUGAUACGAUGUGAUUUACCUAGAUGUAAUUGAAUCUUAGUCCAUACAUAAAUUUAACCUGUUCCAUUCUACUUUAUUGAAUUUCAAAGUGAAUCACAGAGAUCAAAGCUUCCUCGUGUCUGUCACUGAUGUACAUGUCGCUAUAUACAUGUUUAUCGCUGACGUGCAUUCCUAAACGAAAGAUAAGGAACAUAAUGAAAAUGACGAAGGAGAAACUUGUGAUAAAUCAAAAUUCAGUGAAUAUAAAAAUAUUGGCUAGUUUUUUGUGUCGAGCGAUACAACGAGAGGUCGGAGUAAUACAUAUCUGUAGACACGCUGGCCAAUGCACGUAGAAAUUCUACGUCAAUACAAAAGAAAGCUAUAAAAAUAAAGACUUGAAAUAAGGACAUGGAAAUAUAGAUCAGUAAUGAGAAAUGUGUGUUACUUAGAAAAUUUCAUCUCCACCCUUCUAUGAUAAUCAUCGGACCAAUCUGCGUUAAUCAAUUAUCUUCGUGCCUUGCUAAGUAAGAAAAUACACAUUCGAAGUUCGCACUAAGUAGAAAGUGAUAUAGAUACUCAUGGCGCCCGAGUGUUUCCCAAUGUGUUGAAAUAAAAAAAUAUAUAUCACGAUCACGAUAAACUAUCAAUAAACUUGCAACAACAUCACUGACAGUUCCUUCACUGAAAAACAGCGUGCGCGCAAAUCGGAAUUUUUGGAACGAUUCCCAGGCUGGCACUCAGUGUCGAAAGUAAAUUUAACGUACGUAUAAUGCAUAUACGUAUAGGGUCAUGAAAUAGUAUUGAAAAAAUGUAUUAUAUAUAACUGGCACUGCCUAAUCGGACGAGCCGUUUACGAAGAGUUGCUAAAUAAAUAAUAAACAAAAAAUCUGAAAA